GUUGGAACUAUAAUUUAGAAACAUUUUAAGAAGUUAACUUUGGGGUGCCAUCACUGUUCUAAGCACUUCACAUAGUGAUACAUUUAAUCCUCAGUAAUUCUGUUCGAUGAACACCAUAAUUACCUCCAUUCUAUAAAUGGGGGAGCAGGCCUAAGGAGGAAGAAUUUGCCCAUGACCUCGCACCUGGUGAACAGUAGAGCCAGGGUUCAGACCCCAACAGCCUGACUCCAGGACUCGCCCUCUUAACCUUGCACCCGAGGUGUUUCAGCCAAGGUGCACAUCCAGACCACACACAGUUUCUAAAGAUACAGCUGCCUAGAUUGAAUCAGAAUGUCCAGGAAAAUAAUGUGUGAUACUGUUCUGCAAAAGCUCCGCAGGUAAUUUCGUUUCUGUUUGCUCACAGUUGAGUGCUGCCAGGAUCCCAGUUAGGAGGUUAUGGCAUGGCCCAGGCAAGAGAUGAGGGCCCAAACUAGAGCAGUCUGGGCAAGAAGAGGAGGGAACUGAUCCAGAGCCUUAAGAGGUCCUCGAGGUGCCCAGGCUGAGACUGGGGGGUAAUGACAGUGUGAGCUCUAGAUGGUGUGAGACCAGCCCAGAGCCAGAAAAUGGCUGCGGCCUUGGAACUGGAGGACCAGGAUCUGUGGGAAGAAGAGGGGAUUCUAAUGGUGAAAUUAGAAGACGAUUUCACCUGUAGGCCAGAAUCUGUCUUGCAGGGGGAUGACCCCGUGCUUGAGACCUCGCACCAGAACUUCCGGCGCUUUCGCUACCAGGAAGCAGCAAGCCCUCGGGAAGCUCUCAUUCGACUCCGAGAACUUUGUCGUCAGUGGCUGAGGCCAGAGAGGCGGACAAAGGAGCAGAUCCUAGAGCUGCUUGUGCUGGAACAGUUCCUUACUGUCCUGCCCGGAGAACUGCAGAGCUGGGUGCGGGGCCAACGGCCAGAAAGUGGCGAGGAGGCAGUGACACUGGUGGAGGGUUUGCAGAACCAACCCAGGACACCAAGGCGGUGGGUGACUGUCCAUGUUCAUGGCCAGGAAGUCCUGUCAGAGGAGACAGUGCAUCCAGGAGCAGAGCCUGAGUCACCUAGUGAGCUGCAGGAUCCUGCGCAGACCCUGACCCCCGAAGAGCCUCAUGAGGAGACCACACAGAGCCCAGACCCGGGGGCACCAGCAGAGCAGAGCCUGUGCCAUGAACUGGAGCUCCAGCCCCUGCAAGAGAGCGAGGUUCCAAUGCCCCGGGACCCUGGCCUUCCUGAGGAGAGGAACACCGGAAACCCAGAGAUGGUUGCCCUUCUUACAGCUCUGUCACAGGGAUUGGUAACUUUCAAGGAUGUGGCUGUAUGCUUCUCUCAGGACCAGUGGAGUGAUCUGGAUCCAACACAGAAAGAGUUCUAUGGAGAAUAUGUCUUGGAAGAAGACUGUGGAAUUGUGGUCUCCUUGUCAUUUCCAAUCCCCAGGCUCGAUGAGAUCUCCCACGUUAGAGAAGAAGAGCCUUUGGUUCCAGAUAUUCUAGAGCCUCAAGAGCCAGAAAUUCUGAGUUUUACCUACACAGGAGAUAGGAGUGAAGAUGAGGAAGAGUUUCUUGAGCAAGAAGAUCUGAAUUUGGAGGAUCUACACAUGUCUGUUUCAGGAGAUCCAGAAAUCCACCAGACUCCAGAUUGGGAAAUAGUCUUUGAGGAUGAUCCAGGUAGACUUGAUGAAAGAAGAUUUGAUACAGAUAUUUCUCAAGUUAAUAGUUUAACUGAUCUUCGGGAAACCAUACCUAUUUACCCCCUGUUAGGGAGACCUCAUGGCUGUCCUAUAUGUGGAAAAAGUUUCACAUGUAACUCCCACCUUGUUAGACACCUGAGAACUCACACAGGAGAAAAACCCUAUAAAUGUAUGGAGUGUGGAAAAAGUUACACACGGAGCUCACAUCUUGCCAGGCACCAAAAGAUUCACAAACUGGACACCUCUUAUAAAUUUCCCCUAAACCAGAAGAAUUUGAAUGAAACCCCCCCUCUGGUCCCAGCUGAGAAAACACCUGUUGAGAAGCCCUAUAGAUGCGAUGAUUGUGGAAAACACUUCCGUUGGACUUCAGACCUUGUCAGGCAUCAGAGGACACAUACGGGAGAAAAACCCUUCUUCUGUACUAUUUGUGGCAAAAGCUUCAGCCAGAAAUCUGUGUUAACAACGCACCAAAGAAUCCACCUUGGAGGCAAACCCUACUUGUGUGGAGAGUGUGGAGAGGACUUCAGUGACCACAGGCGGUACAUGGCACACCGGAAGAUUCAUGCCGCUGAAGAGCUCUAUCUCUGUAGUGAGUGUGGGCGAUGCUUCAGCCAUAGUGCUGCAUUUGCCAAGCACCUGAGAGGACAUGCCUCAGUGAGGCCCUGCCGAUGCAAUGAAUGUGGGAAAAGCUUCAGUCGGAGGGACCACCUCGUCAGGCAUCAAAGAACACACACUGGCGAGAAACCAUUCACAUGCCCUACCUGUGGAAAGAGCUUCAGCAGAGGCUAUCACUUAAUCAGGCAUCAGAGGACCCACUCAGGAAAGACCUCCUAGCUAGGACCCCAUGUUAGGAGAUCUAUAUUCAGCCCCAACCCAGGGAUAGGCUAGGAGAAGCGCUCUGGUCAUCCCAGGGAGACCUUUACUAGGGAGUCUCCCUGACUUGCCCAGAUUGACAUAACCUCUUCCCACAAUUAACUAAACCCUCCUGGGCAGAACCUCCCAACUUCUCCUUAAGGAGCUAUUUUGCCCAAAGUACAACCUGAAUUGAGGUUUCUCCUUGACUGCAGUGCUCCUGCCUCUCCUGUGGGUAUGAGGUAAGAGAAUUAGAAGUUUUAAGAGUUGCGGUUAAUGUUUUCCCAAAAAUGGGCUGUUAGAUAUCCUAAAGACUACUCAACAGCCUCAACUUAAAGUUGCCCGGGACAACAACUUAAGUUUGGUAAGGCACCAGCCUGUGGGCUCUCCUUACUGGGCUCAGAUCUUAAAGCACACAGCCCUGAACUCAAGGCCAGAUAUUUGCAAACUGAUUGCUUUGCCACCCAUUCACAGGAUAACUACAUCUCACUGACUCACUUCCUCACCAUGCACUUUCCUUGAUACUGGGGAGAGAUGGGAGAAGUGUUGGGGCGAAAACCUCAAAACUGCUUCCCAUGGACCUUGUCAGGGAGCUCUGUUCCCCACUGUCAGUGACCCCAGGUACCAGACGCUGCUGAAAAGGAGGCCUUGUCAGAAGCCUCUUUCCUUGUGGGUGUUUUUUUUCCUGUCAGAGUACUCAUGCUGUCAGCCUUCCUACUGUUCUGCCAGUCUCAGUUUUGUCCCUAGCACCUUUUUUACUACAACUGGGAUAUGGCAUUUGGGUGCCAAGGGAUUUAGUAAGGCAUCAUUAAGUCAUACUGAAAACAUUUACAUUCCCACAUAUGUACAAGCCCACCCACCCCACCCUCUUCACAGGAGUUUGUGAGGGAGUUUUGGAACAGCUUCAACUUACAAAGGCAAUAUAAUAAUUACAGAAUAAUGAUUGACUGGGUCACAUCACUUACAUGAAGAAAACUGGAGAAGUUAUGAGACCAUAUUAUGGAAAAAUUAAAAAGCUGUUGCCGCUGGCCAAGGCUUUCAAGACUACUUUGACACCUAACCCCCAAAAUGCCUACCCUGGUUCUCUGGUAUUAGGAAAAAUUAUGAACCCCAGCACCUGGGACCCUGAAGCAUUUACCAGGAGUAAAUGGCUUUCAUGUAUUUACAUUGUUUGCUUCUUACGUGAUUUCAUUCUCAUGUAAUUAAUAACUAAAUAAUACUAUCUCAUGGCCCAAGGAUCUCUGUUGCCUGAUAGAGGUUCCAUGGAAGUGAGGCUGAAUAAUUACGAACCUUACCUGCUUUGAUUGUGGGAGUGGCAAGGACUAGGGAGACUGUCCUCCAUAAAUAGAGCACAGGGUAUGGGAUUAAAGCAUGAGAAGAGGGAGACACCUGUGCCUGGUUUCUUCUGAUUUUCAAUCCGUGUGUGCCAGUGUAUACCAGAGAAAUACAGGUGGGAUAACAAGGCCGCAACCCUAACAGCUCAACAAGGAAGUUCUCAUUUUGGUUAGUGAUACUCCAAUUGACCGGUUUGAUUUUAAUACCAGUCAGCCAUUGUCCUUCGGAAAUACAUGAAAUAAAUAAAAGUAACACUGGCAGCCAAGUUCCCUGGUGUCUGAAACUCCAUCUUACCUAUUCACUUUGCAGGGCUUCAGGUUCCUAGUUCUGAGCAUCAUUCACACAAAGAGAUGAGAGAGUACGGAAUAGUUUUCCAUGAUAGAGGAGGUGUGGCACAGUUAGCGAAGCCACAGGUGGAACAUAUGCACACAGGUAAGACCUGAGCCUGGAGUUUGCAGAAGAGACUAUCCUAAUCUGCAAACAUUUCUGAACCAUAGCUCUACACAGUUUGUUCUGGGGGAAAUGUCAAAGCUUAAAAAGAUAAUUUCUAGCUACUGCCAUUUAUAUGGAAGCUGUUAAAAUUCGGGCAGUAACAGAACAAACUACCUUAUUUGCUGAUUUCUCUAAAUUAUUGCAAUAAAUGAAAAUCUGUUAAGAAUUCUACAUAAGGAAAAGUUUGAGAGACUGGCCCAGUUUGUUGGAACAUAGUUUUUUAUUGCUGAUUCCCCUGCAAAAUUUCAUAUGCUAACACUCAAUCUCUGGUCUCAUAAAUUACUGUAUUUUCUGAGCUUCCUGGAGGGACAUGCCUUCUAAAUCUGAGCACAAACUGGCCCUGUGCAGCAGCAGUGCCAGGAUAAGAUAGGAACCUGGAGUGAACAAGCAUACAGCUGAACAUAGGAAGACUCAAGCACAGGAUAGUCUUCCCGUUUGAGGGCCCCCUGUGGGGUUUUCUUGAGCACUGAUACCCAGUGUUCCUGAGGACCGAGACACAUUUCUGAGGAGGAAAAAGGCAGGGUUUUGAAGAUACUGGGAGGAAGCUAUAAUGUGUAAAUCAACAACCUAGAGAAUUGCUAGAUUGUUGGAAAUGGUGGAAUGAUGAGCCAAUAAAGUUACAAAAUUAAAA